UUUAGAGGCAGUGUCCUUGACAUCCAAUCAAAUUAGUUUAUUUUUUCUGGUGCAGCUGAGCUGACUUACUUAUUUUCCUGCAGCUGAUCUACGUAGAAGGAUGUCAUCGUCAGUUUUACGUGCGAUACGACUUGGCAAGCAUGUUGGUUGGAACAGUCUGCCUCGGUUGUAUGGUUCAGUAUCACCAGCUACAACAAAGUUGUUCAUCGAUGGAAAGUUUGUUGAAUCCAAAACAGACAAAUGGAUUGAUGUACACAAUCCUGCAACCAUGGAAGUUGUGACAAGGGUACCAGAAGCUACAAGAGAUGAAAUGGAAACAGCUGCAGAAUCAUGCAAGAAAGCCUAUGAAACCUGGUCAAAAACUACAGUGCUCACCCGGCAACAAGUUAUGUUUAAUUUACAGAAUCUUAUUAAAGCAAAUCUGAAAGAUAUUGCCAAGAACAUAACACUAGAACAAGGAAAGACUUUGGUUGAUGCUGAAGGGGAUGUUACCAGAGGUUUACAGGUUGUUGAACAUUGCUGCAGCAUUACAUCACUACAGCUGGGAGAAACAAUGCCUGGUAUUGCAAAAGACAUGGAUACAAUGAGUUUUAGGGUACCACUAGGUGUCACUGCUGGCAUUACUCCAUUCAACUUUCCUGCUAUGAUUCCUUUAUGGAUGUUUCCUAUGUCACUUGUCUGUGGGAACACCAUGAUAAUGAAACCAUCAGAGAGAGAUCCUGGAGCCUGUAUGAUGUUAGUGGAAAUGGCAAAGGAAGCUGGUCUUCCUGAUGGAACUCUCAAUGUCAUUCAUGGAAGACACGAUUCUGUGAAUUUCAUCUGUGAUCAUCCAGCAAUAAAAGCUAUUUCAUUUGUCGGAUCUGACCAAGCUGGAAGUUACAUAUAUGAGAGAGGAUCAAAGAAUGGAAAGAGAGUCCAGUCAAAUAUGGGAGCCAAAAAUCAUGGAGUAAUUAUGCCAGAUGCUAACAAAGAAAACACACUGAAUCAGUUGAUAGGUGCAGCCUUUGGAGCCGCAGGACAAAGAUGUAUGGCUUUGUCUACAGCAAUUUUUGUUGGAGAGGCAAAGGAAUGGAUACCAGAACUUAUAGAGAAGGCCAAAAAACUGAAAGUUAAUGCAGGAAAUGAACCAGAUGCUGACAUAGGACCACUCAUUUCACCUGAAUCUAAGAAAAGAGUUUGUGACUUGGUUCAGAGUGGUAUUGAUGAAGGAGCACAACUUUUGCUAGAUGGUAGAGAUAUAACAGUCAAGGGUUAUGAACAGGGAAACUUUGUUGGACCUACUGUUAUGCACUAUGUUAAGCCUGAAAUGAAAUGUUACACAGAAGAAAUAUUUGGCCCAGUGUUGGUCAGUAUGGAAGUUGAAACAUUAGAUGAUGCUAUUAACGUGAUUAAUGCUAAUCCCUAUGGAAAUGGAACAGCAAUCUUUACUAACAAUGGUGCUACAGCCAGAAAGUUUACAAUGGAUACUGAUGUUGGACAGGUUGGAGUCAAUGUACCUAUCCCAGUUCCAUUACCCAUGUUCUCCUUCACCGGUUCUAGAGGAUCAUUCAAGGGUGACCAAAACUUCUAUGGAAAAGCUGGAGUGAACUUUUACACACAGUUAAAAACAGUCACUCAGAUGUGGAGAUCCGAUGAUGCAGAUUUAACAUCCAAAGCUAGUCCAUAUGCCAUGCCAAUCAUGAAAUAAACAAACAUUGCAUAAUUUUUUUUAAUUUUGGGAUUGUGGUAAACUGUUAUAAUCAGAUAUGCUUAGAUGGGGCAUUGUUGAAUUAGAAAACUUAAGUUGAUGGUAGUCAUAAUGUUUCCAGACUUGCUCACUUGAACAAAAUUUCUUAUUUUUGAAGUGUUAUUAAUAUAUACAUUUGAAUAUGUAUUUUAUUGAGAUUUAUACAAGUGAUAAGCAUUUGCAUUUUGUGUAUUUAUCAGAUUAUACAGAAUUGUUAUGAAAUUUAUAUGAUACUUUUAUCAUUUAUUUUUUUAAAUGAUGAAUGAAAUAUUUAUACACAUACACAUUUGUAAAUAAACAAAUUAUAAAAAAUGA